UGAGGCGCAUGCGCGUUCGGGGCCGGCCCACCGCGCCCGCAGUCGCGCGACCCCCCAGGGCGGCUACAGGGAAAGUGCUCGAGCGGCAGGCGCGGCCGGCACGUGCGCGCGCGUGCACGCGUCGCCGCUCUCCUCCCGCGCGGCCGCCGCCAUGAUCGUGUUUGUCAGGUUCAACUCCAGCCAUGGCUUCCCCGUGGAGGUUGGUUCAGAUUCCAGCAUCCUCCAGCUGAAGGAGGCAGUUGCCCAGCGACAGGGAGUUCCAGCUGACCAGCUGCGGGUGAUUUUUGCAGGGAGGGAGCUCAGCAAUGAGUUGACACUGCAGAACUGUGACCUGGCCCAGCAGAGCAUUGUUCAUAUUGUUCAGAGUCCACAGAACAAGGAGAAGACAGAAGAUAGCUGUGUUGGAGGUGUUCUAAAAGCCUUGAAAAGAGAACCUGAGAGUUUAACUCGCAUAGAUCUCAGUACCAGCAUCCUCCCAUCAGUCUCUGCAGGGCUGGCAGUUAUUCUGGAUCCUGGAAAAAACAGUGUUUCACUUCCAGCUGAAAAAUCAGGUGCAGCAAGUUACAACAGUUUUUAUGUUUUUUGCAAAAAUUUCUGCCAAGCUGUGAAGCCUGGAAAACUGAGGGUCCGCUGCAGUGUAUGUAAACAAGGAACCCUGACGUUGGCAAGGGGCCCAUCUUGCUGGGAUGAUGUGCUAAUUCCCAACAGAAUAGGAGGUGUUUGCCAGUCCGAAGGGUGCAAUGGAAAUGUAGCGGAGUUUUACUUUAAAUGUGGAGCACACCCAACCGCUGACAGUGAAACAUCUGUGGCUUUGAACCUCGUUACAACAAACAGCCGCUGUAUCACAUGUAUAACAUGCACAGAUAUUAGGUAUCCUGCACAGCAGGGGGCCUGUAACCACGGCAGAGUCACCUUGGGACUUCAAGUAUGGAGUCCUGUGCUUGUGUUCCAAUGUGUGCAUCGCCAUGUCAUUUGCCUGGACUGCUUCCACCUGUACUGUGUGACCAUGCUGAAUGACCGCCAGUUCAUCCAUGACCCAGAGCUUGGCUAUUCCCUCCCUUGUGUAGCUGGCUGUCCAGAUUCCUUGAUUAAAGAGCUUCAUCACUUCAGGAUUCUGGGAGAAGAACAGUACAACCGCUACCAGCGCUACGGGGCCGAGGAGUGCGUGCUGCAGAUGGGAGGAGUGCUGUGUCCAACCCCCGGCUGUGGGGCAGGUCUGCUUCCUGAGCCAGGGCUGAGGAGAAUCCUGUGUGAGCCAGGCAAUGGAAUAGGCUGUGGGUCCGUGUUCUGCCGUGAUUGUAAAGAAGAAUUCCAUGAAGGGGAAUGCAACUCUCUCCUCAGCCCACCAGGAGCCAUGGCCCAGAAGGGGUAUGUAGUUGAUGAACAUGCAGCCAUGCAAGCUCGAUGGGAAGAAGCAUCUAGAGAAACAAUCAAGAAGACAACCAAGCCAUGCCCCAACUGCAAUAUUCCAGUAGAAAAAAAUGGUGGCUGCAUGCACAUGAAAUGUCCUCGCCCUCAGUGCAGGUUUGAGUGGUGCUGGAACUGUGGCCUGGAGUGGAACAGAACCUGCAUGGGAGAUCACUGGUUUGAGUAGCAGGGCUGAGGUCAGGCUGUGCUGCUGCUCAAGCUUGUUUUUAUCAGGGUCAAAUUCUGAACCACUUGCUUGAACAAAAAUCCCAGUGGUUUUAGGGACACAGAGUUCAGAAGCUGGCCUAGUUUGCUGGCUUUUUGCUUUAUCGCACAUGCAAUCAUACCAAAACCACAUUGAAGUUAUGCCAAGGCUUUUAAAUCCACUAAGUUAAAAGAAUAAUUGUUUUAAUGGACAGACUUGCUCAUCGUGGUACAAAGAGGGGAAACUACAACUUUUUGAACUUGUGCAGUCUAUCAACAUGGACAGCUGGCCAGGUUACCAAGAGGAACCUUACUCGACAUUUAUAGUCAGGAAUCCAUAAGUCUUGCAAGAGGGAGCAGCCUGCAUAUGUGUGUGUGUCUGAGUGUGCAAGCAUCGGGGGGGGUGGAAGAUGUUUCCUGCAUCAUCUGCUUUUUUUCUUUGACCACUUCUUCGCUCAUUCAGCACAAUGUUUGAUUUCAAGGCAACAUUUCUUAACAGCAUUUUUGGCAGAGGGAAGGCUGUGGCUCCUUAGUGUUUUCUCAGGGCUUCUUCCGAACGGGCUUUCUGCAGGGGCUUUGCUUUCAAAUUAAAUUUUCAUGGAAACACCCAGCUUUAUGCCAUACUUGUCCUUGUGUAUUUGUGAUAUACAACACAAAGCCAGCCUACCUACUCAGCCUACUUUUGUUACCAUGGGAAGAUUAGAAGAUUAGCUAAGGAUGCAGUUUCAGCCCUGUCCGUGGCUGUUGGUGCAGUGGUGACUGGAUCCAAUUAUGUGUUGUGCAGGCUACACUCACAGAGCUUCAUUUUUCUUGUACUCUUGGAAUGCUUUGGACGUGGCAAAGUGAAGCAGGAGGAGACUUCUCAGGGCUUUUCUCUACCAUGAUUCUUCUAAAUUGAAUUAGAAUAUGGGUAUGAUUCUGAAAAUAUAUUUACUGCUCUAAUGGUGUGGGGCAGAGGGACAGCUUCAUUUUACAAUGUUAGCACAGUACAUAAAGUUUAAUAGCAUUUCCAAGUCUGAACAAUUUUACUGUUUGUGAUCUUUACAUUGAUGUUUUACUCUGAAAGGAAAUGGGUAAUGUCCACAUCCAACACACCAUGUAAGGAUUUGCACAAUUUAGUUCUGGAAAAAAAAACGCACAAUAAAUAAAGUGGUCAAAAUUUUAA